UCCCGUGCCAGACGGCAAAAAUCCAGCGCCAUGUCCGCGCACCUCUCUAGGAGUUCAGUCUACCUCACCGGCGGUUCGACCAUCUCCACGUGGACAUUGUGGGGCCCCUUCCACCGUCCCGGGGCAUCACCCACCUUUUGACCAUGGUGGACCGCUUCACGCGGUGGCCGGAGGCCAUUCCGUUGGCUGACACCUCAUCGGCUUCGUGUGCUCGUGCGUUGUCCGCACACUGGAUUGCUCGCUUCGGGGUGCCGGCGCACAUCUCCUCCGACCGGGGGCCACAGUUCACCUCCGAGCUGUGGUCAGCCAUGGCUCGCUUGCUGGGGGUGCAGCUGCACCACAACACGGCUUACCACCCGCAGGCUAACGGUCUGGUGGAGAGGUUCCACCGGCAGCUGAAGGCGGCAUUGAAGGCACGGCUCACCGGCCCGGACUGGAUGGACGAGUUGCCGUGGGUCAUGCUGGGCAUCCGGACCGCUCCCAAAGAGGACUUGGCCUCAUCAUCGGCGGAGCUGGUGUACGGGUCGACACUCACAGUGCCCGGGGAGUUCGUGCCGUCGGCGCCGGAGCAGCAGGAAACGCCCUCCUCCACCCUUCAACGCCUUCGCGAGCGAGUUGGCAGGCUCGCACCUGUCCCAACGUCCCGCCAUGGGACAUUUCGCCCACACGUGCCAAUGGCCCUCACGGACUGCCCAUACGUCUUCCUGCGCCGUGAUGCCCACCGGACGCCACUCCAUAGGCCGUACGAGGGCCCGUUCCGGGUGCUGGAACACGGGCAGUCGACUUUUGUCCUGGACAUGGGGGGGCCGGCCGGAGGCCGUGUCGAUUGACCGUUUAAAGCCGGCGCACCUGGACAUUGACCAGCUGGUUGCUCAACCUCGGCCCCGAGGGCGCCCCCCCUCACGACUCCCUCCACCUGUCACUCCACCUGUCCUCCCGCCGGUCCCUCGACCUGUCC